AUGGGCUUUUUCUUCUUUACAUCCCUCGAUUUACUUUUUUAUUUCUUUUGUUUACGAAUUUAUAAAAUGGUUUUCUCUUCUUUUCGUUUCUUCUUUCUUUCUUUCUUUCUUUCUUUCUUUCUUUCUUUCUUUCUUUCUUUUCCUUUAUAUGUUUUGUUUUUUGUUUUCUUUCAUCGUAUUUUUACAAUAUCUUCUUUUUAUUUAUGUCUUCAUUGCCUUUUCCUCUUUCUUUCAUCCUGUCUAAACAUUCCGAAACAGUAUUCGAUUUAUUCAUCCAUCUUGUUCGUUUUUUUUUUCUUCGAUUUUGUUAUAUUUUCCUACUUCUUCUUUGUCUUUUCUUUGCCUUUCCCUGUUUUUUUUUUUCUUUGGGUUUUCUUUCUAUCUUUCUUCGACAUUUAUCCUAUUUCUUUCUUUCUUUGUUUAUUUAAUUACCUUUUCUUUCUUUUUUUAAAUUACCUUUUUUCCUGUUUUCUUUUCUUCGUUUCGUUGUCCGGUUUCCUUAUUUUCUUUUUCUCUUCAUUAACUUUUCUACAUUUUGUUUCUUUCCCUUUUUCAUCUACAUUUCUGUUUUUCGUUCUCCCCUUUCCUUUCAUAAGUUGA